AGGGCAGCGAGCGAGUGGAGCGCGCGGGGCGCGGAGGAGUGGUGCGAACGCAGGGCGGACGAGGACGUGCUGUGAUCGGGCGGAGUGCUCUGAGCGGGGCCGCGCCGAGCGCGAUCGGCCACGGCAGCCAUGGCCGAGAACGAGGGCGGCUCCGAGCAGGAUGACGUCUCAUUCCUCCGAACGGAGGACAUGGUGUGCCUCUCGUGUAACGCCACGGGAGAGCGUGUCUGUCUGGCCGCCGAGGGAUUCGGCAACCGCACCUGCUUCCUGGAGGGUAUCGCAGACCGGAACAAGCCGCCGGACUUGGCCGCCUGUGUGUUCGUCAUUGAGCAGGCGCUGUCAGUGCGCGCUCUUCAGGAGUUGGUGACGGCCGCCGCCUCUGACACGGAGAACGGCUCUGUAGGAAAGGGCACUGGCUCUGGUCACAGGACUCUGCUCUACGGCAAUGCCGUCCUCCUUCGUCAUCAGAACAGCGACAUGUACCUGGCGUGCUUGUCCACCAGCUCAUCCAAGGACAAGCUGGCAUUCGAUGUCGGUCUGCAGGAGCACUGCCAAGGCGAGGCUUGCUGGUGGACGAUCCACCCUGCCUCCAAGCAGCGCUCAGAGGGCGAGAAGGUCCGAGUGGGAGACGACCUGAUUCUGGUCUCAGUGGCCACCGAACGCUACCUGCAAGCGACGUUGGAGAACGAGGUGCCGAUCGUGAACGCCUCGUUCCACGUGACCCACUGGUCGGUGUCUCCGUUCGGCACUGGCCUCAGCCGGGUCAAAUAUGUCGGAUACCUAUUUGGCGGCGAGGUGCUGCGGUUCUUCCACGGCGGAGACGAGUGUCUGACGAUUCCCUCCAACUGGUCCGAGGAGGACUCACAAAAUAUCGUGGUGUACGAGGGCGGCAGUGUGGUGAGCCAGGCACGCUCCCUAUGGCGGCUGGAGCUGGCACGAACCAAAUGGUCGGGAGGCUACAUCAACUGGUUCCACCCCAUGAGGAUCCGACACAUCACCACCGGUCGAUACCUGGGCAUCAACGAGCACAACGAAAUCACGCUCAUCCACCGGUCGGACUCGACCGUGGCUUCCACCACGUUCUACCUCCGCGAGGAGAAGGACGACAACAAGGUGAUGUUGGAGGACAAGGACCUGGAGGUGAUCGGUACGCCGCUCAUCAAGUACGGCGACUCCACCGUCAUCGUGCAGCACAUCGAGUCCGGACUCUGGCUCUCGUACAAGGCCUUCGAGACGAAGAAAAAGGGCGUUGGCAAGGUGGAGGUGAAGCAGGCAAUCCUGCACGAGGAGGGGAAGAUGGACGACGGCCUCGAGUUCUCCCGCAGUCAGGACGAGGAGUCGCGCACGGCACGAGUCAUCCGAAAAUGCAGCUCGCUGUUCACAAAGUUCACCAAGCAGCUGGACCAGAUCCGCACCUCCCGGCGUCAUUCGGUGAUGCUGAGCUCGAUGAACCUCAAGGAGAUCGUCAUGUGCCUCGAGGAUCUCAUCAACUACUUCGCUCAGCCGGAUGCAGAAAUGGAGCACGAGGAGCGCCAGAUCAAGCUGCGCGCCCUGAGGAACCGCCAGGACCUGUGUCAGGAGGAAGGCAUCCUCAACCUCAUCUUGGACGCCAUCGACAAGAUCACGGUCAUCACCAGCGAGGGCUACCUGGUGUCUCUGGCCGGCGAGGAAUCUGGGCAGAUGUGGGACAUCAUCAGCAACUACCUCUAUCAGCUACUCGCUGCGAUGAUCAAGGGCAACCACAACAACUGCGCCCAGUUCGCCAACUCGAUGCGCCUCAACUGGCUGUUCUCUCGACUGGGCUCUCAGGCCGGCGGAGAGGGCAUGCUUGACGUGUUGCACUGUGUGCUGAUCGACUCGCCCGAGGCGCUGAACGUGAUGAAGGAGGAACACAUCAAGGUGAUCAUCUCCAUCCUCGAGAAGCACGGUCGCGAUCCCAAGGUGCUGGACGUGCUCCGUUCACUGUGUGUUGGUAACGGGGUGGCCGUGCGCAGCUCGCAGAACAACAUCUGUGACUACCUGCUGCCUGGGAAGUCUCUGCUGCUCCAGACGGCGCUGGUUGACCACGUCUCCAGUGUUCACCCCAACAUUUACGUGGGCAAGGUCCAGGGGUCUUCCAUGUAUCUUAAAUGGUAUUACGAAGUGACCGUGGACCAUAUUGAACAGGCGAGCCACAUGCCUCCGCAUCUGCGGAUGGGCUGGGCCAACACGAUGGGCUACAUCCCCUACCCCGGCGGAGGCGAGAAGUGGGGCGGCAACGGCGUGGGCGACGACCUCUUCUCGUUCGGCUUUGACGGCGCACACCUUUGGACAGGCGGCCGGAAGAACGAAGUGUUCCGUCAGGAGUCGGAGCCGUACAUCCGUAAGAAUGACGUCAUCGGCGUGAUGCUCGACCUGACCGUGCCGUCCAUCGAGUUCACCUUCAAUGGCGAGAAGGUGCUCGGCUGCUUCCGGGACUUCAACUUGGACGGCAUGUUCUUCCCGGUCAUCAGCUGCUCGUCCAAACUCAGUGCGCGAUUCCUGCUGGGCGGCGACCACGGUCGGCAGAAGUUCGAGCCGCCCGAGGGCUUCUCUCCCGUCUCCGAGUGUCUGCUGCCCGCCCAGCAGAUGUCCAUCGACCCGUGCUUCCACUUUGGCGAGCUGGCCAAGGGCGUGCUGGCCGGCCCGCUGGUGGAACAGGAGGACCCCGUGUUUGUGCCGCAGCCCAUCGACACCUCGGCGGUAUCGCUGCCGCACUACGUGGAGCAGAUCCGUGACCGGCUCGCUGAGAACAUCCACGAGAUCUGGGCCAUGAACAAGAUCGACGAGGGGUGGCGGUACGGCGAGGAGCGAGACGACGAGUACAUGCUGCACCCGUGCCUGACCCAGUUCGAGCGGCUGCCGCCCGCCGAGAAACGCUACGACAUCCAGCUGGCACUGCAGACGCUCAAGACCAUCGUGAAGUUGGGCUACCACAUCACGCUGGACAAGCCGCCGAACCGUAUCCGCUCGAUCCGACUGCCGAACGACCCGUUCAUGCAGAGCAACGGUUACAAGCCGGCGCCGCUCGACCUCUCACAGGUCUCCCUCACAGGCAAGCUGGAGGAGCUGGUGGAGAAGCUGGCGGAAAACACCCACAUGGUCUGGUCCAAGGAGCGUAUCCAGCAGGGGUGGACCUACGGACUCAACGAGGACAUGGAUAUGAUUCGUACUCCGCAUCUGGUGCCCUACCGACGUGUGGACGAGGCCAUCAAAAAGGCCAACAGGGACACCGCCAGCGAGGCUGUGCGCACUCUGCUGGUGUACGGAUACAUCCUGGAUCCGCCGUCUGAACAGCAUGACGACGGUCCCACUGAUGACCUGCUGAACGGACGGGCCAACUACCGCACCUACCGAGCCGAGAAGACGUACGCCGUCAGCUCCGGAAAAUGGUAUUUCGAGUUUGAGGUGCUGACCGACGGACCGAUGAAGGUGGGCUGGGCUAGGAUCGACGCCCACCCGGGCCGCCAGAUCGGCCAGGACGACUCGUCCUGGGCCUUCGACGGUUAUCAUGCCCAUAAACACCACAGCAACCAGGUGGACCUGCUGGGUCGCAAGUGGCACGUGGGAGACGUGGUCGGUUGCAUGCUCGACCUCCACGACCGAACCAUCAGUUUCUCUCUGAACGGCGAGUUGAUGAUGGAUGCGAUGGGCGGAGAGACGGCCUUCUCCGAGGUGGCCGGCGAGGCCUUCGUGCCCGCCUGCACGCUCGGACUGUCCCAGCGCACCCGGCUCGCGUUCGGACACGAUGUAAACGCGCUCAAGUUCUUCACACAGUGCGGUCUGCAGGAGGGAUACGAACCGUUCUGUGUGAACAUGACGCGUCCGAUGACGUUCUGGUACACCAAGGACCAGCCCAUCUUUGAGAACGUCGAUGAGGUGGAGAACUCGCCGAUCGACGUGACGCGCAUCCCUGCCGGCUCCGACUCGCCGCCCUGCUUGCGCAUCUCGCACGCCACGUUCGAGACGCUGGAGAAGGCCAACUGGGAGUUCCUGCGGCUGUCGCUGCCCGUCACCUGCCAGACCGUCUUCAUUGAUGAGACCGAGAAGGAGCGUCGCUGGCACGAGAUCCGUGUCCGCCAGCACCGGCUGCGGCACGAGGGGCGCAACCGGCCGCCGUCGGCGCUCAAACAGUCCAUGCUAGAGUCCGGAUUCACCAUGUCCGACAUCAAAGAUCUGCAGAACGGUUAUGACGCCGUGGAGGCGGACGAGGUUCUGAUGAACAAGGCUAACGGCGAGAAGGGCACUCCGGCCAUACCCCGCCGCGGCAGUAAGAUGGCGCGCGCUGCCAGCGAAAUGGACAUCCAGAGAGGCCGCGCCGGAAAGGAGAAGACGCCGCAGCCGGACGGAAAGAAGAAGGAGCGCGGGAAGUCGCCGUUCAGACACAGAGUACCUGAUAAGAGGGAACACAAGUGA